GUUUCCUUAAAUAUUAGCGAUGACGUGAAGUAAUGAAACUUUUGUAAGGUGUUAGACCGUGAAAGUGAGGGAGUGUUGUUGUUGUGGUGGUGGUGAGGGGCGGUGCUUGUGGUGGGCGUCAUGACGGCUGAUGUUGACUAUGAUGAGAACAGUCACAAGAUUGUGGCUGAACAUGAACUUCGUAGAUAUGGCAGCAUUGUUGAACAGCAUGGAGACCAGUUGGAAGAAAUUAUCGAGGCUUUGGGGCCCCACCCAUUGCCACCAUGGGACAGUGUUCUUGAUCCAGUGAGGCUCAAGAUGACACCUUUUGAGCAGCCAUCUCUGGUUCAGCUUAUUCAAUCUGACAACAAGCUAGUGAAUAAAGUGGUGUUAGCCCUUAGUGCGCUUUCCUUAGAAGCAUCUGAGUUGGUGGACGAGGCACGCAGUCAGCUCUACCCACCCCUUGUGUUAUAUGGCAGUGGAGUUGGAGAAGGAGGAGAAACAACCGGGGAAUCGCAGAUUUCAUUGUCACGUAUCCUGCCAACUCUACAUCAAGUUGAAUGCUACGUGCGACGUGUCCAAAAAGUGUCUCGUAAUAUGUUGCACCAGAUGACAUCACUGUAUUCAUCAGAGAGAAAAGCUAAUGGCUUUAUUGAUGUAACUGAAGUUCACUUUCAGGUUAUAUAUGAGCAUUUUGGCUUUCUACUUGGAACCCUUAUCACACUGGAUGAAAUUAUAAUUAGCAAUUCACUGCUUCAUGAACAUUGGGGAGCAUAUCGUCGUUUAGUACGCUCUGCAGGGUCUGAUCAACAGAGGUUUGGCCACGAUAAGGCUAGUUUAGAACCCCUUGAGAAGAUGCUGAGUGAUGUAGAAAAUCUGGUGAUGCAAGGAACAAUGUUUUUGUCUGUGGUACGACAAACUUAUGACUGCGAUGGAUUAACAGUGACCAGGAAUGGAAUAUUACGAGAGGAAAUGAUGAAUGUUAUAUUGGGUUGGUGUAGUCAGCUAGAAGAGGGUGGUAGUGAAGGUUGGUGGUGUGACUGUCAGCCUCAGGUGGUUGGGGUAACUGCUCUAGCUAUUCUUCAUCAGGUGAUCUUCAAUACUCAGGACAAGAAACUAGGCAGGACUUUAGUGAACAUCUUCAAGAAGAUCCCAUGUAUUACAUUGGUGGGCUCAGUCGUGUGGCUUGGUGAGCGAUACAUUCCAUCUGUAGCUCCUACAUUAAGUAGCCUUUAUGAUCGCAAAACUCAAGAUGCACUGCUUAACAACAGGUCCACAUAUUUGGCAAACAAGACUCAAACUAUUGCCAAGGAAGCUCAGACAGUGAAUUUGCAGAUAUGUGGCUGGGCUGUGAACUUAGAUGCUGCAUCAAAAAAGCAUUCAAGUCAAAUGAAAAAUCAAGACCUUAGCCAGAGAGCCUCCCUGUUGCUACAGGGCAUGAUUUUGGCACACACAAUCAAGUAUACGAUCGAGACUGUUCUCAACCUGCAUACUAUGCUUGGUCGCCCCAUGGGAAAGGCUUGCGCUUUAAGUGUGUGCCGUCUCAUAGAGUCUCUGAAAGCCAUAGAGAACACCUAUCAUCGCCAUAGCACUCUGCUUGCGGAGUCCCUGCCUCAUGUGAUGCAGUAUCUUACAUGUCAGGUGCUCUCCAUUGUCAACGCUGCCAAGACACGAGUAUCCAGUGCACGUCUAGAUGGCCAGAGGUUGGAUAUAUUAAUGGCACUAACAUUGGUGGAGCAGAUGCUCUCGGGAUCAGGAACAAAAGAACGACGUCUUGUGAUUCGUGUCGCUCUUUCUCUUGCCAAUCAAGCUAAGGCCCUUAGGGAUGAAGAUAUAUCGACACUUUUAGUGCUCCUGCGUCGCUUAGAUCUGGCAUGUGAAGUUCAGUGUCGUGUAAGGGAAGCCACAAACUGUUCAAUUCUAUAUCAUCAUCGUGUGAUCCUGCCUGCAUACUUGGAGCACUACUUUCAAAGCUUAGACCACGUACAUUGCAUACAUUUUAUGCUAGCAGCAGUGCAGGAUUGUGCUCGCCAGCUGGAGAAAUGUUGUCACCUUUCACCGUCACACCAAUUGUUAUACCAGUUUAAGGAGGAGGUCUAUGGCUAUCUUAAAGACUGUGUAUUGGAUAAAACUUGUCAAGCAGUGGAAACAGAAUUGAGAUUAAGCACUCACUCUCACCUUCAGUUGGAUAGUCGAAACCCCUUCCAAACCCCAUUAAAGGAUAUUUCUCCCCUUCUCUGCCUGCAGCCACUCACUUUGCUCAAUUCUGUCAUAUCAGUAAAAGAUUAUGUUGAACAGUAUCUGGAGAGGACAUUCUAUGCUCUGACUGUGGUAGCACCUCAUGAUUGGAGGACCUAUGAGGAGAUGCGUAACCUGGCUGUGUCCAAGUACAACCUCUUUGCUGUGCCAUCACACUUGCCAUCUCACACCUUAGAUCAGGGUGUGGACGUCCUUGAGAUCAUGCGCAACAUUCAUGUCUUUGUGCAGCAUUAUAUGUAUAACCUGAAUCAGCAGUUCUUUGUGGAAGCCACCAGUAAUAAUAAGCACCUGAGCACAGUCACCAUCAAACACAUUGCUAACUCAAUACGUACACAUGGCGCUGGCAUCAUUAACACAACAGUAAAUUUCACCUAUCAAUUUCUACGGCGAAAGUUUCACGUCUUCUCCCAAUUUCUGUAUGAUGAGCAUAUCAAGUCUCGCCUCCUGAAGGACUUGCAACACUGGAGAGAGGUCAAAGUCAGCCAAGAGUAUUUUCCUUAUGACAGAGCACAGAAGUUCAAUCGUGGCAUCCGCAAGCUUGGAUUAACUCCAGAUGGGUUAUCAUAUUUGGACCAAUUCAGAGGACUUCUUACUCAUAUUGGAAAUGCCAUGGGUUAUGUACGUUUGGUACGUUCUGGGGGACUUCACUGCUCAAGCAAUGCAGCACGUUUCAUCCCAGACCUUCAAGAUGUAGUGAGCUUAGUGCAGUUGUGUGAAGAUGCUCAUGUUUCUCCAGAAACACUCAAGGCAGCUGAGAACCUGGAUUCUGUCAUAAAUAAUCUGACUAGAAAUUUUCAUGAAGACACAGAUUACUUUAAGCUUCUGGUGGAUGUAUUUGCUCCAGCUCUUCGUGACAACAAAAACAGCCACCUUAAAAAUUUCUACCUCAUCAUUCCUCCUAUGACAAUAAAUUUUAUUGAACAUUCCUUGGUUGCCAAAGAUAACAUGAGCAAGAAGAAUAAGACUGGGGCUGCCUUCACUGAUGAUGGAUUUGCAAUGGGACUUGCAUACAUGCUGAAGGUACUAAAUCAGAACUCGGCCUUUGAUUCCUUACACUGGUGGUCGGGGGUACGAAGACAGUUCAUCAAAGAACGAGAAAAAGUUGAACAACAGCGCCAAUCUGGGAAUGGUGUGGAUGACAAAUUACAGCAGACGCUGGCUCUCACAUUGUCUCGAUUGCAGCAGUAUCAGCAAGAAUUUGAGUUGCUAUACUUGAGCGUAAGCAGUGCUCGGGUUUUCUUCAGAGGUGAUUGGGCUUCAUCAACAACAGACAGUGAUACGCAGUCUACUAAUAGUGCAUCUAGUAGUAGAGAUAAGCCUACAGAUAAAGCCACAGAAAGUAAUGCGUAAUCACCGAGGUCGAGCCUAGCCCGGGGAGUAGAACAAUUCUUGAAACCCGCUUUGGGUAUGAAUCUGUGAUUUGUACAUAAUGUAUACACAAAUAUAAGAUGGGUAGAUGAAUUGUAUCUAUCUUAAUAUGUAUCUUGUAGCCUCUGGGUAGUUGGAAAAGUAAUUUGAAUAUUGAUCUUUACCGUAUGUAUUGUCUAUUGUAACAAUUUAUUUUCAUCCUAGCUUGAAUAAUCUGAUGGUAAAGAUACAUCUAGUCUUGAUUACAAUUUGGUUUAUCCAAAAAAAUAAUUCAUAAAAUUUUGUACCAAAUGAAGUUCUAAUUAAAAACAAUAUAUCUGCACAACAAAAACUAUACUCAACUUCAUCUAAUAAUGGCUAUCAAUGGUUUCUGACCUAGUAGCCAUGAAGAUUGAUUGGAGAUAGCUGUCCAUAAUGCAAAAAGUUUCUUGAUAGUUAAUUUUGGUAUACUUGUAUACAAAAAUAUGAAUACAGAAUAUGAAUGUUUCUAGGAUUUAAAAUUAUAUAAUUAUAAUUUUAACUUCAAAGCUGUUAAUUAGAAAUAACAGUAAUUCAUUCAUUGAAGAAUAACAUGUAUUAUAAAAUAUUGCAUUCAGUUUACACUGAAAUUAAUGAAGUUGAUUUAGAAUCCUGAUUCAUUAUUAAUAGUCAAUUGGGGAAACUAUUUUUUCAUUGAGAGUACUUGUUAUUUAUAAUUGCUACCUUGUUAUUAUAUUAAAUUUGUAUUAAAACUCAAAUAUAAUAUAACUUAAUUAUAUUAUAACUUUGUUUCCUUGUGCCUUUGAGAUAUUACUACCAUAGAUACCCAGGUACUCAUAUCAGUGCUAUACUGCAGACAGUCAAUCCAUCUCUUUCCUCCUCGCCCAAUUCUGCUCGGUAUUGAAGAAGAAACCUCCAAAUUCA